AUAUUGUCCAUGGCGCUCUCGUCUCUGUCUGUCUGAUUCCCUGCCCCCUCCGUCUCCAGAAAUAUCCUCCCUCCUUCGUUUCCGUCUCAAUCCAGUGACACUAUGUUGGUGCGAGUUUUCCCGCGCGCCAUGGUUUCCACUUCCGUAGCUGCAGCUAGCUUUCCUUCGCGCUCACAUUUUACUCUGUCGCUGCCGUCUGCUCGCUUCUCAUUCUCAAGUCUGUCUAGCGAGCCGUCCUCAAUUUUCGAGAGAAGGUUCGCCAGUGGCCUCACCCGCAAAGAUUUUGGGAGCUGGGGCAUUGACCGUUUGUUUGGGAGAACGCUAGCGUCACGGAGGGAGUACAGGAAGCACUCAAGGAGGCUGGCGAAGAGGAAGGGGAAGGAACUGGAACUUAGUGUAAAUAUUUGCAUUGAAGAACAGUUGCCUGAUGACUCUGAAGUUCUGGAUAUUGCUGAAAUGCUCCGUCUUAAUGUGCCAAUAGCAAUAAAAUUAGCGCUAGAUGGUUUGAAAGAUUCAAAGUGUAAAACUAGAGACACUGCAAUCAGUGAUGUUGGCUGUUUUGAAAGUGUUGAGCUAUCUGUGCUUCUUUGCAAUGAUGAGUUUAUCCGAGCACUUAACAAGGAGUGGAGAAAUGAAAAUAAGCCUACUGAUGUCCUCUCAAUGUCUCAGCAUAUUCCCGAGCUUAAACUUCCCAUUCUCAUGUUGGGUGACAUUGUAGUUUCUGUUGAGACGGCUGCUAGGCAAGCAGAGGAAAGAGGUCACACUCUCAUUGAUGAGAUACGAAUCCUUCUGGUUCAUGGAUUACUACAUCUUUUGGGAUUUGAUCAUGAAAUUAGUGAUGAGGCAGAAACUGAGAUGGAGGAAGAGGAGGAGCAACUUUUAAAGAGUCUUGGGUGGAAGGGGAAAGGAUUAAUUCAGAGUGCGUAUGACACUGAUGAAACUACUUCUAUUGAAACUACAGAUGACAGGAAGAUGGAAGGUAGUCUUCGUUUUUACAAACCGAAGUUUAGAUAUAUCUUCUGUGACAUGGAUGGCACUCUUCUGAAUAGCAAAAGCCAAAUUACUCUUGCAACUGCACAAGCUUUAAAAGAAGCUAUAUCUAGGGGCGUAAAAGUAGUGAUAGCUACUGGAAAAACUCGCCCUGCUGUCAUAAAUUUGAUGAAGACAGUAGAUUUAGCAGGAAAGGAUGGCAUAAUUUCAGAGUUUUCUCCUGGUGUGUUCUUGCAGGGACUCCUUGUGUACGGUAAUCAAGGUCGAGAAAUUUCAAGGAGGAAUUUAGACCCAAAUAUAUGUAGAGAGGCAUGCCUUUACUCUGUCAACCAUAAGAUCCCUCUUAUUGCAUUUUGUGAGGGCCGCUGUUUUACUUUAUUCGACCACCCUUUGGUGGAAUCACUUCACACAAUAUAUUAUGAACCAAAGGCGGAGAUCAUUCCUAGUAUCGAGCAACUCUUGGAAGGGGUAGAAAUACAGAAAAUGAUCUUCUUAGACACAGCUGAAGGAGUGUCUUCUACGUUGAGGCCAUAUUGGGAAAAAGCAGCUGGGGAUUAUGCAUCUGUUGUACAAGCUGUGCCAGACAUGCUUGAAAUUGUCCCAUCUGGAACUUCUAAAGGCAGAGGGGUUCAAAUCCUUCUUGAUCAUUUGGGUGUUAGUCCGAAGGAGAUAAUGGCCAUAGGUGACGGGGAAAAUGAUGUAGAGAUGCUUGAGUUGGCCUCUCUAGGCGUUGCUCUCAGCAAUGGAUCCGAGAAGGCGAAGGCCACGGCUGAUGUGAUCGGUUCCAGCAAUGAUGAAGAUGGAGCUGCUGAUGCAAUCUAUCGCUAUGCCUUUUAAGUUUACAAUUCUAAAAAAUUAUUAUCAUCUUAAAGACUUAAAGUUUGGAAAUUUUAAAAUGCAAUAUGCUACUUGUUUCCCCUCAAGGCCUCAAGGAUGCAUAAGCUAUAUUUAUUAAUGAAUAAUGAGCCUACUCGUUUAGUUUUUUUUAUUUUACUUUUGCCAAUGCUUAUACUGCGUAUUACUUAUUUGAAUUUCAAGUCAAUUGUGAUGCAUGACUGAUAGAUUGUAUGCAAGAAUCAUCGUUAACUUUACUUAUAACUAUCAAUGUUAUCUACCUAUAAUGUUAA